AUCGAUGUCGUUAAAUGACGUUGAGGGCGUACAUACUAUUUUGUUCUGAUCAACGUUUACGUUUGCCUACUCAAAUAUGAAGAGCAAAAAGCACAAGAAGGACAAGAAGAAGCAAAAGAAGAAGAAGCACAGACAGAGAAAUGAGACUUCUUCUGAGGAGAGUUCUGAGCCUGAGAUGGAAUGGGUAGAGUCGACAUCUUCCUCCUCCCUCCAACCUCCCAAGGCACCAUCCCCUGAUCCUGUCCCUAUUACUGCAAGUCAGGAAGAUUCUCCUUUGCCUCAGGGAGAAGGUAAUUGGUUAGAGAGUCCAUUCCUGACUGCAGCAACAUCUGUGGCUGACAUCCGCAAGAAGAAGAAUGCUGAGAAAGAGAAGGAGAGAGAGAAGACAAAGAACCUUGCUGAUGCGGAUUAUUCUGCCAGAGAGCUGAAUCCGUACUGGAAGGAAGGAGGAACAGGUCUUCCGGAGGAUGAAGAAACGUCUCGGCACAAAGCACCUCCCCCAGCCAGGAGGGUGGGGCAUGGUGUUGAUGGAGGGGUCAGCUGGCUUAAGAAGUCCUACCAGAGGGCGGUGGAGCAGGCCAGGGAGAGUGGGAGACCAGUAAAGGAAGUGGUAGCCGAAAGAUGGGGGUCUGUUGCGGAGUAUGAGAAACUAUUUGCUGAGGCAAUGGAAGCAAGUAGAGGAUCUUCAGGAUCCAGGGGGCCAAGAGGACCACCUCCAGGUUGGAGGAAGAGAAGGGAUGAAGAUGGGGAGGACAGACGAGGAGAGGAUGGAAGGAGAGAUGGAAGGAGAGAUGAUGAGAAGGAGCGUAGGAAGGAUGACCGAGAGGACAGAUCUGAAUCUAGGGAUAAAUACAGGAGGUAUGACUCUGAUUCGAGGAGAGACUCAACCAGUAGGGGCUUCAGGAGGCCUGGAGAAAGAGAUAAGGAUGACAGCUUGCGUUCAAAAUUCAAAAGACCAGGUGAUGAAGAUGGUGGUAGGAGUUAUAGAAAUGAUGGGCAUAGACCACGCCCAUCUUACGAUAAGGGGUCAUCGUCACGGGAACGGAGUAGGAAUGAUGACCUACCAAGUUGGAGGAAGACAGGGUUUAAGAAACCAGGGGAGGAUGAUGAUUCCUCAUCUCACUCAAGAUCAUCAUCCUCCAGGAUGAUACCACCUCCAGCAUCAGCCUCCUCUAGUGGGGGUUGGAGGAAACCAGGAUUCAAGAGACCAGGCGAUGAGAGGCAAGAUUCCAGGUCCAGCCCUUCAUCAUCUGGAGGAUCGAGGAAGUCUAGGGAUGAGGAACUUGACAAAGAUGAUCGGCAUUCUCGUGGAGGACAUUCAUCGUCCCAAAACAACACCUCCUCCUCUGCUCUACUGCCAACAUCAUUUUCAUCUGCAUCUUCCAGGAGGUCUGGUAGAAGGAGUGAUAGUGAAGAGGAGAACAGUGACGAUGUCGGAUCAUCUGGAUCCUCGUCACCAGAUACCAAGGAGGAGAAGGGUGGAAGAGAGGAGAGGGAGAAAGACAAGAGUCCUAGUCCAGUCAAGCUUUUAUCGGAUAUAGAGAUGAACCAGCUUGGAGCCAAACUGAUCAAAGCAGAGAUCAUGGGCAAUGAGGCCCAGGCUCAGAAACUGAAGGCAGAGAUUGAGAGUGCUCGACAGGCCAGGGUCGCAUACAAGACCAAACAAUUGGAGAGCAAGGAGAAAGAGAAGGCCCCUUCAAAGCAGACCAGUAAGAGGCCAAAUGCAGAAAGGGAAGAGGUCAUCUUGACCAGAACUGACCACAGUGGACAGAGUUGGCCACUGGCCGAGGAAACAGCAGCCCCUACAGGCGGCAAGAAGAUAAGGAAAAAGAAUAUUGUAACCCAUGACAAGGGAGGUGAGAGGGAGAGAUACUUUGCAGACGAUGAUGAUGUCGACCUUGAGACGAUGGUUAGAAGAGAAAAGAUGGGAUCUGGUGAUGAUAACAAUAGACUUCUCAAUAAAGUAGCAAGCAAGAAACUAGCCUUGCUGGAUUCAGAAUUCAAUACCCUGGAUGAGAUGUUUGUGUCAUCGGCAGCAAAAGCCGAGCCCAAGGCAAAGAUCGAGGAGCGUGAGAGGUCAAGGGCCAUCGCUGACCACCAGCACACCGUGGCCAGGCUGUCCAAGUGUUCUUUCUGUCUGGAGAGUGAAGAGAUGAAGAAGCAUUUGAUUGUAGCGCUAGGGUUAAAGGUGUAUCUUUGUGUGCCGCAGACAAGGUGUAUAUCUGAAGGCCAGUGCUACAUUGUUCCAAUGCAACACGCAGUAGCUAGCACUGCACUGGAUGAAGAUGUGUGGGCAGAAAUACAGGUGUUCCGCAAGGGUUUAACGAGGAUGUUCGAGGACCAUGAGAUGGACGUGGCGUUUCUUGAGACCUGUAUGAACCCCAAGAAGCAGAGGCAUAUGUGUAUCGAGUGUCUUCCUAUCCCCAGAGAGCUGGGAGAGAUGGCACCUAUCUACUUCAAGAAAGCUAUCCAGGAAUCAGAGUCUGAGUGGACACAGAACAAGAAGCUGAUCGACACCAGACAGAAGGACAUCCGUAGAUCAGUACCUCGGGGAUUCCCCUUCUUCAGUGUUGAUUUCGGGCUAGACGGUGGCUUUGCCCAUGUCAUCGAAGACGAACUCCUCUUCCCGCAUUACUUUGGAAAGGAAGUGAUUGGUGGUCUUCUUGAUGUCGAACCUCGUCUGUGGAGACAUCCACCCAGAGAAAACUUCCAGGACCAGAGUAAACGAGUCCUGGAACUCAGUCAGUGGUGGAAACCCUUUGAUUGGACUAAGGAAAUUGAUCGAGAGAAGAGUUGAUUAAGAAAAGGUUGAAGUCUUGCAUGCGUAUGCAGUAAACACUUUAAAGAUCACAGCAGGAGAGUCCUGGAACUCAGUGAGUGGUGGAAACCUUUUUAAUGGAUCAAAAAGAUUGGUCAGGACUCAGGAGAAGAGUUGAUGAAACAGUUUUUGGAGGCCUUGAUGUUGAACCUUCUUUCAACAUCAGAGUAAUCAAGUCCUGACAGUCAGUCGUAAUUUGGAAGCCGGUCGACGAGACCAAGAAAACAAAGAAUGGGAGAAAACUUGACACAGAUUUCUUUAUUCCCUCACCCAUGGAGAACUCUCAGGACUCAUUAAAUGGUGGAAACAUUUUUUAUUGACAAAGAAAAUUGAUUUAAUAUGAGAAGAGUUAAUAAAGGAAAUGUCUUCACCCAAAGAAAAGCUUUGAGGAUCCAAUGAAUUAUCAAGCUCGGUCAAUGUUGGAAGCCCUUCAGCUGGACUCUGAACAUUUUUAAGAAGAGUUGAUACAGAUUUUUUAGAUUCAUUCACCCGAGAAAAUAUGAAACGACCAGUGCCCGUUGCACAAAACCUACUAUUAAUGGGAACUUUGCCAUCGAUGGUAACUACCACGAAAACCUUAAUUUUGAUUGGUUGUUGAGCCUUGUUACCAUGGUAGUUGCCAUUGAUGGCAAAGUUACCAUCAAUGGUAAGUUUUAUGCAACGGGCCCAGAUGGGACAGCGUUGGUAUAUAUGGGAUAUUUUGUUGUUAAAGAGGUCCAAUGUACAUCGGUAUUGACAAAUAGUUUCAGACUUUGCACUUCUUGGGUGAAGAAUAUGAUGGAUUGAUGCACAAGAUGAUCAUUAGUUUACAGACUUUUAAAAAGCAUAAUACAAUAUUAUGAGUAAAUUUAUUGAAGACAAGUUCCAGAUAUCCUGUUAAAGGAUCACAUACAAAAGCUGAACUUGUGGAUGUUUAAAUUGAAAAAAACUUUUACGGUGACGAGGCAAAGAUCAAAUGUUAACCUUGUGAUAAUAGCACAAGUGAUCUAAUAUUGACCGAGUGUUUUAGAAAAGGAUAAAAGGGAAUCUUGUCAUUUGCAAACAUCAAUAUUGUUUUCACUUUUGCUAUUUGUAAAUAAAUCAAUACUUUGAGAUAAAAUUGUCAUGUCAAUGUUACUGCUUGUUGAGAACUGAUUCCAGUUAUCCCUAAUCCAUUGUAUCCAUUAAUUUCAUCUCUUCACUAUCUAUUGCUGUCUCUUUCUUUCACCCCUGUCUCUCUCUUUCUCUCACUGUCUCUCUUUUUCUCAUCCCUCACUUCCCCGUUCCUCUCACUAUUUCAGCAUUUUGCUAUAAUGAAAGUUUCAAGUACCUGUAUACACAAUUAUAAACAAUGAUAGAACAAAAUCAAGAUAUCUCAGUUUUUAUUAUGAACCAAAUUAAAAGAUACCAUUUAUGCAAACAA